AUGCCUCUACCCAAGUCCGAGUACAUUAGCGACAUCUGGAAGGAGGGCAUCUUCGCCAACAAGGUCGUCUUCUGCACAGGUGGUGCCGGCACUAUUUGCAGUGCCCAGGUUCGCGCUCUGGUCCAUCUCGGAGCCAACGCGUGUAUCAUCGGUCGCAAUGUAGAGAAGACGGAGCGCGUGGCACAGGAUAUUGCCACCUCGCGCCCUGGAGCCAAGGUCAUCGGUAUUGGCGCCGUGGAUGUUCGAAAGUUCGAGGACUUGAAGGCUGCCGUCGAGCGCUGUGUCAAGGAGCUUGGUGCCAUUGAUUAUGUUAUUGCCGGUGCUGCAGGCAACUUCCUUGCUUCGAUUGAGCAGCUCUCGGUCAACGCAUUCAAGUCUGUCAUGGACAUUGACGUGAUUGGUUCUUACAACACUCUCAAGGCUACUCUGCCCUACCUGGUCGAGUCUGGCGGCAAGCACAGAAUGGAUUCAGAAACCCUUCAGCCCGCCCCUGGUGGAACCGGUGGUAGAAUUAUCUUCGUCAGCGCGACCCUCCACUACCGCGGCAUGCCUUUCCAAGCCCACGUUUCCGUGGCCAAGGCCGGCAUCGACUCCCUGUCCAACUCUGUGGCCAUCGAAUAUGGACCUCGGGGUGUGACUUCUAACAUUAUUUCCCCCGGCCCCAUUGCCCAGACAGAGGGACUGGAUCGUCUGGUUCCAUCUGACGCUAUGGCAGCCUACACAAAGUCCCAGCCUCUGGGCCGCUUUGGUCACGUUCGCGAUAUUGCUGAUGCGACCGUUUAUCUCUUCUCUGAUGCUGGUAGCUAUGUUACCGGUCAGACCCUUGUUGUCGACGGUGCGAACUGGCGGAUGUCUGGCGGCUUUACGACCAAUGGAAACAUGCAAUAUCCGGACUUCCUUUUGUCGGGACAAGAAGUCGCCAAUGUGACGGGCAAGAAGAAGUCGAAGCUUUGA